CUUCAUCGUGGCUGAGAACUGUUCGAAAGGUUUAUUAUCCAUUCCAAUGGCCGCUAUUCAAUGCUUCUGGUGCUUGUUACAUGUUUUACAACUAGCCAUCAUUAUUGCAGCUGGAGUAAAGGUCAACACUGCGGCUCACACUCCUGCAAAAAUUCUCUACAAAUUAAGCUGUGCAAAACUGAAACCAGGAGAAAUGCAGCACUUGCAGCUUUUUCUUAACAGAUUAUCGGGAGCUGGAAUUGGACUUAGCGCCGGUGGUUUUUUUCUUGUUGAUAAGGUUUUUGCAAUGAGCAUUAUUGGAACGUACAUCACCUAUCAACUGCUGCUUUUCCAGUUGCAACUGGAUUUAAGCUCAUCAAGCCCGGCUCCAAACACAAAUGCGACUGCGUGAUCAGUACCAGUUUCGUGAAUUCCGG